UGGGCAGCACAAUUUUCAGGUAAAAGAAGAGCCAAAAAAUGAAAGUAGUGAUGAUUAUGAAAAGAACAAUCAUCGCAAAACAAAGAAAGAGAGAUCAAACAUGAGAUCUACAAAAAGAUCAAAGAAGGUAUGUUUAAUUGCUUUCUUACAUAACAAUUCGUAAAGUUGUUUAUAGUAGUACACUAAUAAUGAUGUUUUAUAGGAACCAUACAUUACCGAUUCUGAUGGGAAAACAAAUGAAAAGGCAAUCACAAUCGAUGAUGAUUCCGAAGAAUCACUUGAUGAUUAUUUUGAUGAAGAAUACAAUAAAAAGGUUACCCAGGAGAGUACAAAGACAAAUCCUUCUAAAAGAAGAGUUACAAGACGCUUUAAAAUAGCUAACAAGGUACUUCAUUUAUUUACUUUCCAAAUUCACUCAAUUUAGUUUUCACAUAAAUUAUUUACCAUUUCAAUAUGGCACUAUGAUAUAGGCUAAGAAAGAUCUUAUAUUACAAUAUAAAUAUUAAUUUGCAGUCAAUGUUGAAGUGCAAUGAUGAUUAUGGCUUCACUGAUUUGCAAAAAUCAGAAGAUGAGGUAAUAUAUAACAAAUAAAAAAUAUUUUUACAAUAUAUAUUAUAUAUAUAAUUAUUUAUUGGAUGUUCUGUAGUUUGGGCAGCACAAUUUUCAGGUAAAAGAAGAGCCAAAAAAUGAAAGUAGUGAUGAUUAUGAAAUGAACAAUCAUCGCAAAACAAAGAAAGAGAGAUCAGACAUGAGAUCUACAAAAAGAUCAAACAAGGUAUGUAUAAUUGCUUUCUUAUAUAACAAUUCGUAAAGUUAUUUAUAGUACUACACUAAUAAUGAUGUUUUAUAGGAACCAUACAUUACUGAUUUUGAUGGGAAAACAAAUGAAAAGGCAAUUACAAUCGAUGAUGAUUGUGAAGAAUCACUUGAUGAUUAUUUUCAUGAAGAAUACAAUGAAAAGGUUACACAGGAGAGUACAAAGACGAAUCCUUCUAAAAGAAGAGUUACAAGACGUUUUAAAACAUCUAACAAGGUACUUCAUUUAUUUUACUUUCCAAAUUCACUCAAUUUAGUUUUCACAUAAAUUAUUUACCAUUUCAAUAUGGCACUAUGAUAUAGGCUAAGAAAGGAAAAUGUUCUGAAAUGAAAACUCAGAGAAAUAAGGUACAAUUCUUACUUUUCUUUCAUAUACAAAACGAUUUGUCAAACUAUUACUGACAUGUUAUAUACAAUUGAUGGGUAUUAAUAGGAACCAUAUACUACUGAUUGUGAGAAGAUAGCAAAUGACAAACCAAUUUCGCUUGAUGAUGAUUUUGAUGAAGAAUAUAAUAAAAAUAUGGUCAUGGCGGACACCAGUACUUCUAAAAGAAAAGUCAGACACUACAUAGGACAAACUAACAUUGUACUUCAUUGAGUUUUACUUUCUAUUUAAUGUUACCUUUCAUGUUUGUCCAUUAAUGUCAAUAUGCUAUUGUGCAGGUAAGGGGAAAAGGUUGUGGAAAGAAGAGUACAAAUAUGGGAACUUGCACAAAAAGUGCAAUUGAAAAUACAAUUCAAGAUGAUGAAGUAUUUGAUAUAUUUGUUAAAUAAAUCAUGUAUUUUAACAUAAAAACUUUUUUAAUUAACUAACUAAGAACACAAAAUUUAGGUGCAUGACGGAAAAAUUGCUUCAGGAACUGCUAAAAGACCAUCAAGGAAAUUUAUAAUUUCAGAUAGUGAGGUACUGCAUGAGACAAUUUAUCAAGUUAUUAAUUAAUAUAUUUUUUUUGUAACAACUAAUUUUUUUUCCAUAGGAUGAGCACAGCAGUAAUACAAAGGUGACUGGGGACAGCACCAGCUGUAAUAGUAGUAAGGAAGAUAUAAACAAAGGUCGAUGCAAUUAUAAUAUUGAGAACAUUAAAGUUGACAUGAAUGAGCAGUCCAGUCGAUGCAGAUCAACAAGGAUUAGAAGACCACCCACCCGAUACUCAUAUUAGGUACAACAUAUUACUUCCGGGAAAAUGUUGGUUGCUUUAGAUUUGGUUUGAUUAGUAAAUUAUAAUAAUAUGGUCUUUCGUCUGCAGGUAAUUUAUCGUCAAGAAGGCCCAAAAGAACCAAUUAAAAGGAGGGUUCAGCCAAUACUUUUUAUUGAAGAAUAGUAUUAUAUAUGUUCCUAUUAAUUUUUAUGUUCAUUAGAUAUUGUCAGAUGUAACGUACAACUUGCACUUGCCAAAGGAAUCCUUGGAUUACUUUGUUUAUUUCUAAGAUAGAGAGUUAAUAACAUUCAAUAUAAAUGCAUGCAUGUACCUUCAGUACAUGUAUAUGAGUCGAUCCCUGCUUGCUUCCUCUACCGUUGAUAUCCUAAAAGCAUAUAAAACAAGAUCAGUUGAUUUAAUAAUUCUUAAUUAAUACAAAUCCCCAAGCAAGAAACUUAAUGAUUAAAAAAACUUGAUUAUGUAAAAUGGAAAUCAAUCAAGAAAGAUGAGCUCUCGGGGCUACCUUCGCUCUCAGCCAUGCUUGAUGUUGCUGCACCUGCUAUCCGCACUGCCCCAACACCUGCCAUCCCCACUGCCCCAUUUCCUACAAAUACCACCUCCCAUACCAGAGCCAACUAACCGAUGGCUAACACUGCUCCUGAUCUAGACAUCCUGCGGUGGAUCUACCAAGGCACUGACUUGGAUGCCCUAUGGUGGAUCUAGACAUCCUGCGGUGGAUCUACCAAGGCACUGACUUGGAUGCCCUAUGGUGGAUCUAGCCAACCAGUCUUUCAGCCGUCGCUACCACAAGGCAUUCCCUCUCAAAUCGGCUCCGAUGGAUGAGUAGUGGAGGAGAAGGUAGUGAUGAGUGAGCUAGAUAGAUUGGAGAAGAAUAUAUGUUCAGAUUCUCCGCCGCCUGGCCUUCGCCCUCAUGUGGCCAUUCGGGACAGGAAGACAAACGCGACCGCAGCGCAGAUAUGUGGCCAGGAAGGGCUUGGGAGGAGAUAACAAUGUGCCUGCAAUUUUACACUUUGGUCCUGCAGUGGAUUUUAAUUUAUAAAUGAGCCCUCAGUCUAUUAUCAGUACUUCAGUAAUGAAACGUGUUUAGUAUUUACCAAAAUAUAAUGAAUCUCCUUAGGAUGAUUGUAAACCUUUGGAUGUUCUAUAUAAAACCGCAUCAAAGGAACUUUCCAAAUGUGUAAUAUUUAAAUGGAUUUCACAAUAAUUUAAUUAACUUCUGUAAAAAUCAGGCAAAAAAUAUCUAAUUAGAAAUUUGACAAUAUAUAUAUGCAAUCUAUUUUCAAGUACAAUAAAAAAAUAUACCAUCUAUUCAGCUUAUCAUCCGUACCAAUAAUUUCAAUUUUAAAACUGCCAAAAAAAGCCACAUUGUUUUUUAUAUAACCGUACUAAAAGUAUUGCAAAAUAGAGUUGACCGUACACAGUAUUAAGGAAUUACAUCUUAUACAUAGAAUGGAAACGAUACCAUUAAAAAGAAUGGAAGACAAUUGUUCAAGUAUAGUAAUAAUAUGGAUGGAGUACUAAUCCACGACACAUAGGUUCAUGGAAAUUCCACGGACUCUAUAUUCCUAUAUAAAUUAAUCUUACAACAAUGCUGCAAUAAACAAUCUACUCUUCCUUUCUUCCGGAGACACCAGUCAGGUCCCUAUCAGUUCUCUCCAUCAUCUUCCAUCACAGUGCAACUUAUAGAUUUAUAUUGACAAACACUCACAUAUGCAGUUGAUACUUUAUAUUUUUUGACAUUUGAUUCGCAGUUGAUACUUGCACAACAAAAAUAUAGGAAAACACGAUGCAGAGUGGAAAUCACCCUACGGAUGAUGGCAGUCCAACACAGGACAGGUAAGAAUCACCCUAAAUACCUUAAUCGUUUGUGAUUGACUCCUGCAAACUGCGACAAUUAUGAACUGAUUUUCAUAUCCAAUUUUAACAGUUCAAACUUGACUGCUCGAGCCAAUUGAAAGGAAUUAUCGCGGUUAGCAAGAUCGAAAAGGAAAAGAAAACUAGACCUGAGAAGGAGCGGAUCUCCAUCGACCAAAAAUUACUCCAGUGCGGAUGAAACAAAUGCUCUUCAAAGGUAAACACUCAAGUUAUCAUCACAAUUACUAAAAAGGAAAUGCGUCAUAUUUAACAAGGAUAUGCCAAAAUUUACCAGGAAAAGAAAACUUGAUGAAAAAAGGACUGGGUUUCAAAUGAGCAACAAUGAGUCAAGCGCAGAUACAGGAAGUCCCCUGCAAAGGUAAAAUUAUAGGCGAAGAAUACAAUUACCUAUGAAGGUCCUGUAUUUAAUAACAAUUUAUUUCAACCGCAACAAUUAUGAACUGAUUUUCAGAUCCAAGUUUAACAGUUCAAGCGUAUGUAUUUAAUAACAAUUAAUUUCCGAAUAGGUACAAUACAUCAGAAUCAGUCAAAAAAAGUAGUUAUCUCCCUGUUUUGACAUCCAAUUUUCACAGCUCAAACUUCACUGUUGAAGUAAACUCAACGGAACUCGCACGCUUAUCAAGACUGAACAGGAAAAGGAAACUUGACCUUAGAAGAAGCGGAUCUACAUUGAACAACAGUUCGACCUGUUCAAAUCCAGCAAAUCACAUUGAAAGGUAAACAUACAGAAAAUCAACAAAAUUGUUAGAAAGGAAAUUUUUCCUUAUUUAAGAAUAAACACUGACUGUGAUAUGAAUAAAAUUAGGUCUAGAAAAGAAAAAUAUCAGAUCCCAUCAACCAACAUGGAAACGAAUAGGUAUGUUAACCACAUUAUAAAAAUGAUAUUGCCAUUCAGUUUAUUUUUAAAUCACUUUUUUCUUUUAUGAAAAAAAUAUUUGUCUUCCAGUCUCAAGAUGAAUGAUCGAGUAAGUAAGGAAGAAAACAUUACAAGGAAUAAGGUUGCUGAUACAGGAAAUCCCCUGCAAAGGUAAAAUUAUAAGCAAAGAAUACAAUUACCUAUGAAGGUCCUGUAUUUAAUAACAAUUUAUUUCAACCGCAACAAUUAUGAACUGAUUUUCAGAUCCAAGUUUAACAGUUCAAGCGUAUAUAUUUAAUAACAAUUAAUUUCCGAAUAGGUACAAUACAUUAGAAUCAGUCAAAAAAAAGUUGUUAUCUCCCUGUUUUGACAUCCAAUUUUCACAGCUCAAACUUCACUGCUGAAGUAAACUCAACGGAACUCGCACGCUUAUCAAGACUGAACAGGAAAAGGAAACUUGACCUUAGAAGAAGCGGAUCUACAUUGAAUAACAGUUCGACCUGUUCAAAUCCAGCAAAUCACAUUGAAAGGUAAACAUACAGAAAAUCAACACCAUUGUUACAAAGGAAAUUUUUCCUUAUUCAACAAUAAACACUGACUGUGAUAUGAAUAAAAUCAGGUCUAGAAAAGAAAAAUAUCAGAUCCCAUCAACCAACAUGGAAACGAAUAGGUAUGUUAACCACAUUAUAAAAAUGAUAUCGUCAUUCAGUUUAUUUUUAAAUCACUUUUUUCUUUUAUGAAAAAAAUAUUUGUCUUCCAGUCUCAAGAUGAAUGAUCGAGUAAGUAAGGAAGGAAACAUUACAAGGAAUAAGGUUGCUGUACCACCAAGGAAGAAGAAAAAAUCAAGCGUGAAAGAAUGGAAUUUUGGCAAGCCUACAUGCACAUGUCAACACUGUGGUGCACUUUUCUGGUAUGAAGAAAGAACUCGUGGCAAAGGAAAAGGGCCACCUUCUUUUAGCUUAUGCUGCAAACAGGGCAAGGUUGACUUACCUACACUAAAGAAACCACCUACUUACCUUUCAAAUCUGAUGUGCAAAGAAAAAGGAAAGAGAUCGAGGAACUACAUGGACAAUAUCAGAGUAUAUAACUCCAUGUUUGCAUUUACCUCCAUGGGAGGAAAAGUUGACAGAGAGAUAAACAAUGGGUCUGGACCAUAUGUUUUCCGCAUGAAUGGCCAGAACUACCACCGAAUAAGUACUCUACUGCCUGAAGAAGGCGAUAAACCUCGCUGGGCGCAACUUUACAUCUAUGACACUGAGAACGAAGUCAAAAAUAGAAUUGACGCAUCAACAUCAUCCCAUAAUAGAGAAUCAAUAGAUUCACACAUUGUCUUAGGCCUAAAGAACAUGCUGGACAGAGAAAACGUACUAGCACAGACAUUCAGAAUGGCAAGAGAUAGAUUCAAAGAAGGUGACUAUCAUAAUGUAAGCCUACGACUUAUAAGGAAGCGUGGUGGAGAUGGCAGGCAGCAUAACAUGCCAUCAGCAUCGGAAGUGGCAGCACUGAUUGUUAAUGACACGAGUGAGAACCAAAAAGGACGUGACAUAAUUGUUCAUUAUAAAGACACAGGGCCCAGAAGAAUAUCAGAAAACCAUCCAAAAUUCAUGGCAAUGCAGUACCCGUUGCUAUUUCCCUAUGGAGAAGAUGGCUUCACAAACAAAAUAUUGUACAGAGAUAACCAUGGAUCCAAAUGCAAGAGGAAACAUUUGACCAUGCUGGAUUCAUUGUUGAUGCACUAG